AUGCAAUUCAAGAAAAACGCUAUUACUGCCUCAUUAGUCGCUACUUCCAUGGCUGCCUAUGUUCCAAGUGGAGACAAUUGGACUACCUUGACUCCAACUGCUACUUACAGUGGUGGUAUCUCUAAUUAUGCUUCUACCUUUGGUAUCGCUGUUAUUCCAAUUACCACUGGUUCUUUGGCUGCCACUUCUACCUCUGCCUCUGUUGCUACUUCUUCUACUAAGGCUAAGAGAGAUGUUCAAGCUAUUUCCCAAAUCGCUAAAUCUACUGCCGCCGCUGCUUCUCAAAUAACUGACGGUCAAGUCCAAGCUACUACCAAUACUAAUACUGCUACAACUGAAACAACUGGUCCAUCUAGUGCUUCAUCCUUGACUACCUCUUUCACCUCAUCUAUUACCCCUACCGGUUCUACUACUACUUUAGCUCCAGCCACCACUACUGCUUCCAACUCUACUGACCCAGUUGAAGCCCAAGCUUGCAAAACCAACGGUACUUUGUCCAUGACCUUGAACGAUGGUAUUUUAAAGGAUUCUAAAGACAGAAUCGGUUCUAUUGUUGCUAACAGACAAUUCCAAUUCGACGGUCCACCACAAGCCGGUGCUAUUUAUGCUAAGGGUUGGUCUAUUACUCAAGAAGGUAAUUUGGCUAUUGGUACUGAAGAUGUUUUCUACCAAUGUUUGUCUGGUGACUUUUACAACUUGUACGAUGAACGUAUUGGUGGCCAAUGUAAGGCUGUCCAUUUGGAAGUUAUUGACUUGGUUUCUUGUUAG